ACUAUAUUUUUGUCUGUUAUCUUUCUAAUUAAGCAUAGUGCAUUUCUUGGUGUUAUUAGUCUUUUUUCUUUCUGGGGUUCUCUGUUCUUGCAUGCAUGGAAUUUCUUGGGAAUUAUGGUUCUUGAAUCUUGAUUCUUUCUGGGUUAUUUGCAUGCAUGGAGUUCCUUUGUCUUUAUUGACCAUUCUUUAGCUGUUGAAUUUUAACCUGUUGGCAGCAAUUUCUUCCCUGUUGUUUUGACUUUUGGUGAUUAUUGCAGUCUGUUGUUCUUUGAGGUUUUUCUUGUUCCCAUGUUUGAAUUUUCUCUAUUGAGGCGUUGUAAUAUUCGAUUUCCAUCUAGAAGAGAAAGAGCCAUUCUAUUGAUGGCCACAGAUGCUGUUCUUAAUUUGUGGAAAAACUUGGCCAGUAUGCCUCUUUUAAUGUUCUUCAGAGACACAAGGUACGUUUUCAGGAAGGAUGAGUUAGGGAUAGAAAUAGCACAAAUUGCAAUUCCUGCAGCACUUGCUUUAGCAGCAGAUCCUGUUGCUUCUCUGAUUGACACAGCAUUCAUUGGCCAUUUAGGACCUGUGGAGCUUGCUGCUGUGGGUGUUUCUAUUGCUGUAUUUAAUCAAGUAUCAAAGAUUGCAAUAUUCCCCCUUGUCAGUGUUACAACUUCUUUUGUUGCCGAGGAAAAUGCUACUGGAAAACUGAGUACUCAUGUGCAGGAAAAUGCAUCAUUAGAAUAUGGUUUCACUGUCAAUAAGGAAAUGGAAGAGCUGUUACCUAAAGGUGCAUCCACAAACAAAACAUCCUCUGUAAGCAGUACUUUCACCAAAAGGCAUGAUGAGAGAAGGCAUAUACCAUCUGCUUCUUCAGCAUUGGUUGUUGGUUGUGUGCUUGGAAUAAUUCAGGCUUUAUUGCUCAUUUUUUCUGCUAAAACAAUCCUGAGCUACAUGGGUGUAUAUUCUGAUUCUCCCAUGUUAAUACCAGCACAACAAUACUUGGUAUUGAGGUCGCUUGGUGCUCCUGCUGUUCUUCUUUCUUUGGCCAUGCAAGGGGUUUUUCGGGGAAUUAAGGAUACAAAAACUCCUUUAUAUGCUACUGUUGUGGGAGACACAGUAAACAUCGUAUUGGACCCAAUUUUUAUCUUCUUAUUCCGGCUGGAUGUUAGUGGUGCAGCCAUUGCUCAUGUUAUUUCUCAGUACUUAAUCUCCCUGAUACUGCUAUGGAAAUUAAUAGAACAUGUUGAUCUAUUGCCUCCUAGCAUUAAAGAUCUACAAUUUAGUCAGUUUCUCAAAAAUGGAUUUCUACUUUUGAUGAGGGUAAUAGCUUCAACAUUCUGUGUCACUCUGGCAGCAUCACUUGCUGCAAGACAUGGAUCUACUUCAAUGGCUGCAUUUCAGGUUUGCUUGCAGAUUGGCAUGUCAACUUCUUUGCUUGCAGAUGGGCUGGCUGUGGCCGGACAAGCAAUCCUUGCUAGUGCUUUUGCAAAUAACGACUAUGACAAGGCCAAAGCCACUGCUUCUCGUGUAUUGCAGUUAGGUUUGGUUCUUGGGCUACUGCUCUCAGUCAUCCUUUUAGUUGGACUACAGUUUGCUUCAAGAUUAUUUACAGAAGACAUCAGCGUUUUGCACCUUAUUACUGUUGGCAUGCCGUUUGUUACAGCAACCCAACCGAUAAAUGUUUUAGCAUUUGUUUUCGACGGAAUUAACUAUGGAGCAUCAGACUUCGCAUACUCUGCAUACUCAAUGGUUUUGGUGGCAAUAAUUAGUAUCCUAUGCUUAUUUACGCUAUCUUCUAGUCAUGGUUUUGUCGGUAUCUGGGUUGCAUUAAUCAUUUUUAUGGCUUUACGUGCAAUCGCUGGCUUUUUGAGGAUAGGAACUGGGAUGGGACCAUGGACCUUUCUUAGGAGCUGACUUCCUUCUCCAUCUGUUCAUCUACAAUUGUUCGACAUGUUUUUAACUUGCAUGUCUUACAAAUGAAAGUCUUGAUGGUAGAAAGAGAGGAAAAUGUAAAAUGUGUUGGGGAAUGGAUUGUUUGUUUAUGUAGUUCCAUGCCCCAAAAUUUAUGUACUACACUAGAUAGAUGCACAAUUAAUUGAUACAAGCAGGCAUUAUUAUUGAUUCAUCAUGACAAUGACUUUCACGUU